CACAAUGAUAGUUUCAUCAGUUAAAUUGGUUUAUUGUAGCCCCUGGUAUGAAAAUAAUCUGUGACCACGAAAAGUCCAUAAAUAUCAACCGGCGACUCCAGAAGCUCCUAUUAUUUGCAGAAGGCGAAAUCGGAGAUUUCUAUUGCGAAGAACAAUGGCCAGGAAGUUUUUCGUCGGCGGAAACUGGAAAUGCAAUGGAACCACUGAAGAAGUGAAGAAGAUAGUCUCCACUCUCAAUGAAGGUCAGGUGCCGUCCCCAGAUGUUGUUGAGGUUGUGAUAAGCCCUCCAUUUGUCUAUCUUCCACUGGUGAAAAGUUUGUUGAGACCUGAUUUUCAUGUUGCGGCACAAAAUUGUUGGGUCAAGAAAGGAGGUGCUUUCACUGGUGAAGUUAGUGCGGAAAUGCUUGUAAAUCUGGGUAUUCCUUGGGUCAUUCUUGGCCAUUCUGAAAGAAGACUUAUCUUAAAUGAGUCAAAUGAGUUUGUUGGGGAUAAGGUUGCAUAUGCACUUUCUCAAGGUUUGAAGGUGAUAGCUUGUGUGGGUGAGACUCUUGAGCAGCGUGAAUCAGGAUCUACCAUGGAAGUUGUUGCUGCACAGACUAAAGCUAUUGCGGAGCGAGUAAAGGAUUGGACAGAUGUGGUUUUGGCCUAUGAGCCUGUGUGGGCUAUUGGAACAGGGAAGGUUGCAACUCCUGCUCAGGCACAGGAAGUACAUUCUGAACUGAGGAAGUGGCUUAAAGCAAACACCAGUCCUGAAAUUGCUGCAACAACCAGGAUUAUUUAUGGAGGAUCGGUCAGUGCUGCCAACUGCAAGGAAUUGGCAGCUCAGCCGGAUGUUGAUGGCUUUUUGGUUGGUGGAGCCUCGCUAAAGCCGGAGUUCAUCGAAAUCAUCAAGUCUGCAGAGGUAAAGAAAAAUGCUUGAACCUGCACACUAGGCAGUAGGCAUUGGUGGUGACUCUUAGAAGCUUGUGUCGAUAUCGGGGCAGGUACAGAACCGAUUGAGUGUAAUUUUAGACAUGCUUUUUCGAGGAAAUAAAAUUUUCUUCCUGUAAUGAGAUACUGCACCUCAAACUGGUUUUCUAUAUUUAAAUAGAUUAUAAUAUUAUUUCCUUCUCAA